AUGUUUGCUGUACAGUUAAACGAUGAUUUAGGUGAACCACAGCCACCAACUCAACGAAUUUUUCCCAAAUCAGUUUUAGUGUAUACCCUGAACGAAACGUUGCAUGAUGCUGCUGCUUUGGCGUAUUUUAUUCAGUUUAUGGAAGGAAUUGGUCAGCUUAACUUAAUCAAAUUCUGGCUACAUGCCGAAAGUUUCCGGUGUUCGGCACUUGCAGCGACGAAGAAUGAUGGACCCUUGAUCGCAAUGAUCAAAAAUGAUGCGGUUCAUAUUUAUUCGAAAUAUAUAAGUGAAGACGCAUCUUGUCCAAUCAACAUUACUGACCAGUUGCGGAAAGUAGUGUUGGAGCGAUUAAACGUUAAAAAUGGGUCGUUCGAUCCUUGUUGCUUUUCCGAGGCACAAACCUUUGUUUUGAACAUUAUGGAAAAUCGGUACUUUAAAGAGUUUGAAAAUAGUGUAUCUUACACUAAGCAUCGUAUAGACGUGAUCAGCAGUGGAGCACUUACGAUACGCGAUAUCAUGCUAUGCCAGCCACUUCUAUGCGCAUUUGUAGAGUAUAUGGAAAAUGAAGACGAGAGGAAAUUAGUAGAAUUUAUUAUUUCCGCUGAAAGUUUUGCUAAACAAUUACCGCUAACACAAAGCGAUGAGCAAGCUGUUGAAGAUGCUAUGAUUAUCUAUAACAGAUAUUUUUCAAUGCAAGCAACAGAACCAUUAAAAUUUGAUUCGAAAAUACGGAUUCAAAUCGAAAGCGACAUUUGUUUAGGAAAUGGAAGACCUUCUUCGAGUUGUUUCGAAACAGCACGACUUAUGGCUUUGCGCAUUUUGGAACAAAAUUAUCUGAAACGCUUUUCUGUAUCACCAGCAUUCGUAAAAUACCUGCAAAAGCUGAUGGCUCAGGUAGAAAACAAUGUCGAAUUACCGAAUCCAAAUAUGAAAAAGCGAACAUUUGCAACCAGUUCGGAUCAAUCUUCAGAUACAAGUAUACCAUCAUUAUUAUUUGAUAAAACAACAUAUCGUAAUUUGACUCAUCUUGAUUCAUCACUUUCUGUUGCAUUGUCACCACUGAAUACGGAAGAAUAUGAGACAGCUUCUCAACCUGAUAGUUCACAUUCUUACAGCGCGAAUAUUCCUCGCAUUGGACGAUCAAGGGCGAGCGUGUCAUUAGCUACAAUCGACGAUAUGGGUCGCUACCGGCCAAUGUAUGAUAAUAGUUAUAGUAUAUCCGAAAAUAAGGGAAAUACUCGACGAAAGCUCAAAAGCAAACUAGAUAAAUAUCUGCAUUACUCCGUGAAAAAGGAAGCAGAGGUAGCGGAUCAAGUGGCGCAACUUAUCGUUGCUGACGUUCAUAAUAUGGUUUCUGCAGGGAAUUCGUUAAGACUUCCUGAUUUAUAA